UGGAGUGCUGCAGAGAUGGUUGUCCUUCUGGAAGGUUCUCCCAUCUCCACAGAGGAACUCCGGAGCUCUGUCAGAGUGUACAUCGGGUUCUUGGACACCUCCCUGACUAACGCCCUUCUCCCCCGAUUGCUCAGUUUGGCCGGGCGGCCAGCUCCAGGAAGAGUCUUGGUGGAUCCAACAUUCUUCCAUUUAAGAAUGAUGGCGGCCACAAUUUCGAGUCUCAUUACAAAGGGUCUGAAUACUUAUGUAAAUAAGACUCAGAUCAACGAUUUCAUGGACCAGUGCAGCGGCUUUGAAUUCAAUCUGGACGACUGUGAGAAAAUUGAGAUAUCUGAGGACAACGUCAAUCAAGGAACAGAGAACAUCAGGCCGGAGUGUUUUGAACUGCUGCGAGUGCUGGGAAAGGGAGGUUAUGGAAAGGUUUUUCAAGUUCGAAAAGUUGCUGGAGCAGCAUCGGGGAAGAUAUUUGCAAUGAAGGUUUUAAAGAAGGCUAUGAUUGUCCGCAAUGCAAAGGACACUGCGCACACCAAGGCGGAGAGGAACAUCCUGGAGGAAGUGAAGCAUCCUUUCAUCGUGGAUCUAAUCUACGCCUUCCAGACUGGGGGAAAGCUGUACCUCAUCCUGGAGUACCUCAGCGGUGGAGAGCUGUUUAUGCAACUGGAAAGAGAGGGGAUAUUUAUGGAAGACACAGCCUGUUUUUACCUGGCAGAAAUCUCCAUGGCUCUGGGCCAUCUGCACCAGAAAGGUAUCAUCUAUAGAGACCUGAAGCCUGAAAACAUCAUGCUUAACAACCAAGGCCAUGUGAAAUUGACUGACUUUGGGCUGUGUAAAGAGUCCAUCCACGGUGGCACAGUCACCCAUACUUUCUGUGGCACCAUAGAGUACAUGGCCCCAGAGAUCCUGAUGAGAAGUGGACAUAACAGAGCAGUGGACUGGUGGAGUCUUGGAGCGCUUAUGUACGAUAUGCUGACUGGAGCGCCACCCUUCACUGGUGAAAACAGGAAGAAGACCAUUGACAAAAUCUUAAAAUGCAAGCUGAACCUCCCACCCUACCUCACACAAGAAGCCAGAGAUCUCCUGAAAAGGCUGCUGAAGAGAAAUGCCUCGUCAAGACUUGGAGCAGGGGCCGGAGAUGCUAUAGAGGUGCAGGCUCAUCCCUUCUUCCGACACAUUAACUGGGAAGAGCUCCUGGCCAGGAAAGUGGAGCCUCCAUUCAAGCCUUUCCUGCAAUCCGCUGAAGAUGUGAGCCAGUUUGACUCUAAGUUCACCAGCCAGACACCAGUAGACAGCCCAGAUGACUCCACGCUGAGUGAAAGCGCUAACCAAGCCUUUCUGGGCUUUACGUAUGUUGCUCCAUCAGUACUUGAAAACGUCAAGGAAAAAUUCUCAUUUGAGCCAAAAAUCCGCUCACCCCGGCGGUUUUUGGGGAGCCCAAGAACACCAGUCAGCCCUUUCAAGUUCUCUGCUGGUGACAUGUGGCCCCGGGGCCCCUUGAUGCCCGGCGGAUCCUCUCUAUGUCUCCAGUCGCCCCAGGAGCAGGUCAUGGAGGUGUCCGCCUCAGAACAGAUGGAAGUGCAGGCCAGCUCUGAGGCCUCUGCGCCCCUUCCCAUCCGUCAGCCUUCGGGAGCCAACCUGUCCCAGUUCAAACAACAGGCCUACCCUGUCAUGGCCAAGCGGCCCGAGCAUCUACGCAUUAACCUAUGACCAGCAGCUCAUCUUAGAGGAUUUUAUUUUUUCUUUGUUGAUAUUUCUUCUCUUAUUUUUUAUUUUUUAAAUAUAAAGACACUAGAGACUAUGAAACAUUACAUUUCAGUUCUACACACCAUCACUACCUGAAGUCUCCCUCAGGCUUUCACCUCCAGUGUGCUGCAGCUGAGCUCGGUGGACUGGGCCACUCCCUCAGGUCCCCUUGACCUCUUCACCCUGACCCCUAGCAGGACUGGACCAGCGGGCCGGGGCAUCGCUUUGAAUCUUUAACUUGUUUUUAUUACUCCAUCCUACCACAAAAAAAGGAAUGAGAACAUGUAUAAAAUGUGCAGUAUAUAAAAUACCAUGCAAAGUGCUUCUUGUUUGAUGAUUGAAUGCUUAUGAUGAAUUAAUUGCUUCCACUGAACACUUGGGAGAUUUGACAGUAUUUCUUGAAGAUUGCUUCCUGGUUCGGAAUGAAAUCAUGAAUUAUUGUUAAUUGAAAAUAUGAUUGGGAGAGUUAUCAAUAAGCUGAGGUUCAGAACAUAGCUUUGUCUUAAUACAAAAUAAAUGCAUCUACUGUGCUAUAUCAAUGAUGGAUCAAUUCAUGAGGGCCUCAAUAAAAACAAAUGUUUACUUUUUACAUUC